GGGCCAGACUGCCGCCCCGAGGCCGGGCCGCGACACGGCAGCCGCCGCCGCCCGCGGGGACCGGCAGGAGACUCGGGGUGAGGGGACACGGGGCGAGGGGGCCGGACGCCCUCCGUGCCGUCAGCAGCCUCCUGCGAGUGGAGCGGAGCGCGCCCAGCGCGGGCACAGCCCUCGGCCAGCACCUGCGCCCGGGAAGGGACAGCGAGCGCUGUGGCCGCGCCUCUCCGCCCCCGCGCGACCACCAUGGCCAAGAACCGCAGGGACAGGAACAGCUGGGGUGGGUUUUCAGAAAAGACAUAUGAAUGGAGCUCAGAAGAGGAGGAGCCAGUGAAAAAGGCAGGACCAGUCCAAGUCCUCAUUGUCAAAGAUGACCAUUCCUUUGAGUUAGAUGAAACUGCACUAAAUCGGAUCCUUCUCUCAGAGGCUGUCAGGGACAAGGAGGUUGUUGCUGUGUCUGUCGCUGGAGCAUUUAGAAAAGGAAAGUCAUUCCUGAUGGACUUCAUGUUGAGAUACAUGUACAGCCAGGAAUCAGUUGAUUGGAUUGGAGAUUACAAUGAACCAUUGACUGGUUUUUCAUGGAGAGGUGGGUCUGAACGAGAAACCACAGGAAUCCAAAUAUGGAGUGAAGUCUUCCUUAUCAAUAAACCUGAUGGUAAAAAGGUUGCCGUGCUCCUGAUGGAUACUCAGGGAACCUUUGACAGCCAGUCAACUCUGAGAGAUUCGGCCACAGUGUUUGCCCUUAGCACAAUGAUCAGCUCAAUACAGGUAUAUAACUUAUCCCAAAAUGUUCAGGAGGAUGAUCUUCAGCACCUCCAGCUUUUCACUGAGUACGGCAGACUGGCAAUGGAGGAAACCUUCCUGAAACCAUUUCAGAGUCUGAUAUUUCUUGUUCGAGACUGGAGUUUCCCAUACGAAUUUUCAUAUGGAUCUGACGGUGGCUCCAAAUUCUUGGAAAAACGCCUCAAGGUCUCAGGGAACCAGCAUGAAGAACUACAGAAUGUUCGAAAGCACAUCCAUUCCUGUUUCACCAAAAUUUCCUGUUUUCUGCUACCUCAUCCUGGCUUAAAAGUGGCUACCAAUCCAAACUUCGAUGGAAAACUGAAAGAAAUAGAUGAUGAAUUCAUCAAAAACUUGAAAAUACUCAUUCCUUGGCUACUUAGUCCUGAGAGCCUAGAUAUUAAAGAGAUCAAUGGGAACAAAAUCACCUGCCGAGGUCUGGUGGAGUACUUCAAGGCUUAUAUAAAGAUCUAUCAAGGUGAAGAAUUACCACAUCCAAAAUCCAUGUUACAGGCCACAGCAGAAGCUAACAAUUUAGCAGCCGUGGCAACUGCCAAGGAUACAUACAACAAAAAAAUGGAAGAGAUUUGUGGUGGUGACAAACCGUUUCUGGCCCCUAAUGACCUGCAGACCAAACAUCUGGAGCUGAAGGAAGAGUCUGUGAAGCUCUUCCGGGGGGUGAAGAAGAUGGGCGGGGAGGAGUUCAGCCGGCGUUACCUGCAGCAGUUGGAGAGUGAGAUAGAUGAACUCUACAUCCAGUACAUCAAGCACAACGACAGCAAAAACAUCUUCCAUGCAGCGCGCACCCCAGCCACACUGUUUGUUGUCAUCUUCAUCACGUAUGUGCUUGCCGGCGUGACUGGAUUCAUCGGUUUGGACAUCAUAGCUAGCCUGUGCAACAUGAUCAUGGGGCUGACCCUCAUCACCCUGUGUACCUGGGCAUACAUCCGGUACUCUGGAGAGUACCGGGAGCUGGGAGCCGUGAUAGACCAGGUGGCUGCAGCCUUGUGGGACCAGGCUUUAUACAAGCUUUACAGUGCAGCAGCAACCCACAGACACCUGUAUCAUCAAGCUUUUCCUGCACCAAAGUCAGAAUCUACUGAACAAUCAGAAAAGAAGAAAAUUUAACCCAAAUUUUUAAAAAUACAGGUGCAUGACCAAUUGCCAGUUAAAUAUUCAGUUUUUUGUCUCCAUGCAAACAUUCAAAGUGCUUCCAUCAGAACCGAGUAAAAUACCGAGCCUGCUGGAGCCUGCAGUGAGCCGGCGCUUUCACACCAGUGUGUCCUAAGCAGAUGUGUAGAUGCAUGGUUAUACCAUUCGGUUAACAUGUACAGUUCCCUGAUUCUGUCUUCAGAUAUGCUGUUAUAAUUUAAAGUAUUUGUCUAUUUAUGAUGACAGUACAUGUGUUCUGCUUGAAUUUACUAAAUUCUACUACUGGGUUAUAAUUAAACCGUGUAGUAAUAUUA